AUGAAUCCACUCUCCCACCUUUCCCUCCUUUUCACCACAUAUCUGUUUCACCUCGUCCACGCCGCAAAUAGCUCCUUCUACGGCUUCGAAAUCCCAACCCCAGGCCCCAUCCUCAAGUUUGACAUCACAGUCCUGAUUCCAAAUACAUCCACCAACCCCUUGAUGGCGUCGCAGAUCCAAGCUUUCUGGCCCGGACUACAACCUGCGCCCCAGUCUGAGAAUGUGCUUUACCAGCAAGUUAUUACGAAUCAGGGUGGUGGACCGGGGGAGUGGUAUUUGUUGCCGUAUUGGUGUUGCACACCUGCUACGAAUCUUGCCACCCAGAGACGAGUCUACCCAGGAGAUACCUUAACGACGAAUUUCCGCUGGAACGCCAUGUCUCAGAACUGGUAUGACAACUGGGCGCUUCAACCUGGUGAAGUUGGCCAUGCUGCGGGAGAGACGCCGAUGGGAGGUGCUGUCAAUAACUUCAAUCCUAUGCAAAAAGCCGAAGUCAUAAUCGAACUUCAAGGUAAGGGAGUUUGGGAUUGGGGACAGAUUGUUUGGAGCAACAUUAUUAUUGAGUCUCAGACUACGACUACAAGUUGGUGUACUGGCGACUGGGAGGUUUGGCAAGGAGCAGACAAUAAGUUCCAAUGGACGCGGACCCCUCCAGUUGCUACUUACAAUGCGGAUUUCAACACAACGACUUGCUAUAUUGGAGAGGUGGUGUUUGUAUCACACAACUGA